CUUGAAAUGCAAGAAGAUCAAGAGCUAGAAAAAAGAAGUAACAAAGGAGCUGAUAUGUUGACAAUGUUGGACGAAGCAGCCAAAGAAUCUGGUAAAUCUAAGCAAGUUAGAAAUCCGUUAAAACUAACAACUCGAGACUAG